AUGCUGGAGUCUGUAACCUGGGUCCCUACGGAUGGGUUGAUUCAUGGUAGAAUCACACACAAGUUUCUGCCACUCAAAAAACAUCCAAAGAUUGGUCUUUACAAUGACUGCUACGCAAACCUUUACCCUGGUGACGAAGUAUACGUUUUCGAAGAGACCAAGGACGGUAAAUGGUGCAGAGGUUACAUAUUGUGGCAGCCUUUGCCGGAGGAUUUUAUCAGUUCAUUGGGAUCUUAUUGUGAAAAACUACCAGGACAGAAAGUGAAAAGGGCCAUUUUCCCGAGACGUGUCAGCAGGCUGUACUACAAUGAGCAAGUGACGAAUUUCCCCUUUUUAAGCAACCCGCAGCAGAGCCAGUUCGAAAAAAUGAACCAUAACAAGGAACUCCCUUGCUUGUACCAAAUGACAGGAGAGUGGUCAAAGGACGAUGCUAUGGAGUUUAGUGGUUCCAUCUCGAAAAAAAUUUGUCCCCCGUUCCCGUAUUUCCGACUCAAGGAUCAGGAUUUUAUCAGAGAAAUGGCACCCAUGUUGUCCCAGCUUGUGUCUCAUGUUUUCUCGAUGUAUUCCUUCGGGGCCUUUGAAACCGCGGAUAGUCUGUCCCAACUGUACCACGAGCUAGAUGACAUUAGAAUCAAACUCGAGUUCCGUUUGACUACAAAGUUUGAGUACGAGGAACUUCUGAAAGAAGCGAGCUCCCUUACGUACAAGAUCGCCAAGUUUAUCUCGAAUCGUGGAAUGAGAAAUUUCUUCAUCACAGAGUCUUCGACGAUCGUUGAUUCAUCUGGUUAUGGCAGUAUUUUGUGCAGAGACUUGGACACCGGCGAAUUGUACAAAUACGAGGACACACCACCACUUCUCUUGGCAAAUGUUACCAUGCUGUGCUCCCUGGCCACCAAUUUUCCAAGUGCCAGUCGCUAUAGGCUGAAAUUGGCACCUCCAAAAAAUACCAACUACGACUCUUUGGAGCGAACAAGCUUACUAGUCGAUUUCAAAGACGCCAUCAGUGAUCCCACUGUAAAUCCAAAUUUCCAAAGGCUCUCAGCAGUCAUGUAUCUAAGGACUCCAAAAAAAAUCCUCACAGAGCCAUUUGUCUUGAACAUGGACCGAGACGAAGUUGUGUCAGUUGAAAAUAUAUCUGCCGCACUUUUUAACGAUAUUCCUGUGGUUGAAGUUGAUCGUAGUAAAAUUUAUCUUGUUGUGGUUUUAAAAGAGACAAUUAAAGUUGAGCUAGUCUCAAACAACUCUAAAGAUGUUAAAAAGACUUUUAUUCCCUUCCAGGCAAGUUCUGAAACUAGGCUACCACAUAUCAACAGGGGCUUGGCUGCCGGUGUUGUUGAUGUUAGCCGUAUUUUUACGAGAAAAAUGAACGGAUUAGCUGCUAAAUCUUGUGAUUUUCAAGUCGAGUUAUAUGGCUCGCAUUAUUCGAAAGCGUCGCAGCCCUCUGCAGUGCCUUCUCUUUUGAACAUAGCGCAAGGGGGUUAUGGAAAUGGACGCAAGGGAGGUGACAAUCAAGGAUGGGGUGAAUUGAUAGAUCGAAUCAUCAACAAUUCUAACAAGGGUGUUGCGGUAAAUCCCAGAGCAUUAUCAUUAUCUGUUACGGUAAGGGAAGUUUUAGGCGACGCUGCCUCCUCCAAGCUGUUAAAAAAUAACCUAUCGGCGAUUCAGAGCAUAUCAACCGCUUUUUUUGACACACAAGCUGAACCUGAUGAUAGGAUCUACUUGACCUUGAAAAAGGUGUCGAUAAGCAACAUCAACGCUUUGGAAACAAAUGUCGAUAGUAUUUCAAUACAAAUUUCAUCCGCAAACGACAAAGUUACUUUUAGACGAGGGGCGACAGAUAAGCCUCACAGACGUUGGCUUUUUGUGUCUGUAAGACCCGGAGAAAGCGUUGGUGAAAUGAUCAGGGUUGAUGGUUUAGAAGAUAUGGUCAACGAUGAAACGUUGAGAAUCUCCGCGUACUUAAAUGGUCUGCUUUUGGCUAAAUCGAAGUUCUGCAUCAAAAAGAACGAAAACUUUAUUGACUAUCCCGCGAAGACCGUUUUUCAACUUAUAUCAUCUCAAGGUGAGCCAUUGGUUGACCUUGAGCUGUCUACGGAAUACGUUGGAAAAUCUUUUAACGUUGAUCAUACCAUUAGGGAAUUUUUAAAACUUUCAAGGGAGUCCUUUACUUCCGACGAUGAAUUUGAAAGUACUUGUGAGAAAUUGAUGUCUAAAUUGAAGUCUUUAUCUCAUUCCCAAUUAACGCAAAACUUUGAUGCUAUUUUAACCAAAAUUUUGAACGUCAACUUCUAUGCAAGCGGCUUGAGUUUAUCUCAAAGUUUUAAAGACUCUGCUUUCUUUUCGUUAAUCCAUUUCUUUGAUAUGAUUAUUGCAAGACAAGAGAGUUACAGGCACCUCUUCCACGAUUUCGUGAGAAACAAUGAAAGGAAAUUCACCAUUCCAUUCAUUGGUCCCUAUAUUCUCUCUUUUGCUUCAAGGCUGUUUGCCAAUUCUGCAGAAGAAUGGAGUCAGCACGGUCGUGCGCUUUGUCGUGUUUGUGUUUUCAUUUUGAAACUUUCCAUUUUUGCCGCAUCUGAACAAAGUAUCGAACUCCUUCAAGCUAUCGACCAGUUUUUCAAAGGGAUAGCUUACUUCUUCUCCUGCACGAAAGAAUCUUUUCUCGUUGAUCAGGUUUUGAUCCUCGAUGGAUUUGACGUGCUCCUCCUAUCAAUUUCGAAAAUUAUUGACUCAAAGAAGCUAAUCGAAUAUGCCUGUAUCUUUUUCCAGGCUUGUCACGACAAAGAGCGCUCUUUGGGAAUGUUUAGGAGAAGUAUCUCUGCCAAGGAACAGAAAUUUGUUGCUUAUAAACUAAUUUUACUUCGUCGUCUCCUUACUGACUCCGAGCUUGAAUUUAUGACGGAGACUGCUAAUAGCGAGGACGAAAAAGUCCAAUUUGUCUCGAAAAUAGUCGAGUGGUCGUUUGAGCCUUUUUUCAGCUACAACGGAGAAAGCUUGGAUUUGCCCACUAUUAGGCUGGCAAAUGGAGUGCUUAUCACAGUCAUUCAAAAGUCAGGUGGGUUGGUGUGCAGGAAUUUGAUCAGGCUUCUUCCAACUCUUUGCAGAUUUCUCAUUUUGGUGAGAAAGUUCUGCAAAGAAAAAGAGCUCUUCAAAGCGAAAAGAACAUUUACCAAGCUUUUCCCAGUCAAUUUUCCCUUCGAUGAAAUCACCGUUGACUCCAUAGUUCAAGAGGAAACUGUAGUAGAGGUUUUGAUAGAGCUCGCCACAAUUAUUGCGAACGUUACUAAAAUAGCGGAGGGCAGCAAAGGAGAGCUGAUCACAUUCAAGCAAGUAAUGAGUCAAUGCGCCAAUGACGCUCAUUUUAAAUCUGUGUUUUACAUUAGCCGAUUUGCUAGGGAAGACUUACUCACCAUAAUACACACUGUUAAACUCAUUUUGAAGGGCCGGUUUUUCCCAUCCAAGAAAUGGGUCACUUUGAAUGAGCUUUUCAUGCGGAGUUCACUCAACCUUUUAGCCAUGUGCAAAGACAUAAUGAUCGAGUCCUACAUUCCGCCACCAGGUGCUUUUGGCGAGUUUGACGUUAAACUGUGGUGCGAGUACACCAGGACCGCUUUAGUCCUUGGCAAUCACAUCCCCCACAAUCCUCUUUCUCUGGCCGAAUUGCCCCGCAAGGCAAUACACUAUAUGGCCGGUAACUUUAGACUCCUUGCUUGUUCAAUCAUCGAGGACUGUUGGGAUGCUUUGGGAGCUGACACCUCAGAAACGGAGAUAUUUGAUAGAUUUGGCUUGACAAGAGCCGGCGGAUUUCAAAAUCUUCUUGUUCGGGCAGAGAAGCUGUUUGUGAGAGAUAUAAUGGAAUUCGUGUUUCAAAACCAUACCGAUGCCCGCAGAGUAGGUGCCAAAUUGAUUUUCGGAUUGACGGUUAAUUGCUGGAUGGCUUUUGGUACUCUUGAACCCGUUAUGGCUCUGACAACGUCGGAGGUUUGUUUUGCCUACCAAUCUGGGAAAUUUGUCCCUACUUAUUACGGUACUGAGAAUUACCUAAAAUCGUUACUCUUCACUGUCCAUCUGAGAAGGGAUGAUCCACUUUUGGAUUCGCUUAUGAAAGUUCUUCGGUUGGCUCGCGAUUUGCUGUUUAUCCUAGCAGAAUCAAGUGAAAUCCCCGAUGAUAAAGAGUUUGAUGAUGACAGAACAGCCCAUCAGAUAGCUGUUUUUGGAUAUCUGCUCAAAAUCAAUAAACCCGAGGAAUUCCACAGACUUGUCAACGAUCUUUUCGUUUUUAACAUCAGAAAGAAAGAUUAUGUUCAAGCCGCUCUGUGUCUCGAACUUUUGGCAAGAACUUAUAACUGGAACCCCAAUGAUACAUUGCCGUCAACAUCUUAUCCUCCUUUACCGGAGCAAUCUUCUUUUGAAAGAAGAGAGUACUUAUACAAAGAGGCAGCCAGGAAUUUUUACAGGGGAUUGAAGCUAGAAAAAGCUUUAUCGAUCUACAAAGAGCUGGCGCAAGCUUACGAAAAGAUCAACUACGAUCUUAAUGGACUAGCUUUGGUUCAUGGUCAAAUUUCUCGACUCUACACGGAUCUACAAACUGUUGAUAGACUUGUUCCAACUUACUUCAAGGUUACAUUAGCAGGGUUCGGAUUUCCCAGCUCAUUGAGAGACAAAUCUUUCAUCUACGAAGGUCUACCUUUUGAACAUAUUUCAUCGAUGCAGCACAGAAUAUCCGUUAGUCACCCAGGGUCUAGGCUCAUUAAAACACAGGAAGAAAUGGAUAGUUUACGUGUUAAUCCGGCGAUGGGUAAAUUUAUCUAUAUCAUAGCUGUUGAGCCUAGAGUUGAAAUUUCUGAUGAAUUCACCAGCAACGGUAAGAAAAACAGUGCCAAUAACAAAAUCAGAAUGUAUGUGGAAAACAGAGAUUUGAACACCUUCUGUAGCUUUCGCAUGCUUUCUGGCGCAAGUAACGCAACCGACCUGUGGGUUAAGGAAGUUACGUUCGAAACCGCUUCAACGUUCCCCACGAUGAUGAAUAGAUCAGAAGUUAAAAAGAUUAGUGAAAGAACCUUGUCGCCGGUUCAAAACGCUAUUCGUUCGAUGCAACUGAAAAUUCAGGACUUGGCAGGUCUUGAAGAUACGUGCAUCAAACUUUUGAAAGAAAAUGGAGAUUAUGCUAGUGCUUUUGCUGAACUAUCAAGAAACAUCAGUGGAACUAUUGACGCUCCCGUAAAUGGCGGUGUGGCUCAAUACAGAGACUUUUUCAGCUUGGAAAACACCAAAGAUGUGAAGACUAGUGAGCUGAACUUGUUACAGUCCACUUUCGAUGAGCUUGCGGUUGUUCUGAAUGGCUGUUUGGUUCUUCACGGACGCAUGUGUCAAAAACGUCUGCAGAAGUCGCACGACAUGUUAGUAGACCUUUUUCAAAAGAAUUUUAAUGACGAAAUUGACAGAAACAGUAUAACUGUAGGAGAAACCGAUCACGAGUUGAUCAGUCGCGUCACUACAGGAACUACAUCCAAUUCCCAGGCUCCACUAGACAAUCAGGAUAUGAUAUCUGCGCCAAAGGCUCCAUUUUCAAGUACCGCUUCUGUGCAUUCCGCCGAAAGCUCCACAAGCAAGGCCAGCUCUGAACGUGCUGCUUCCACAGUUGUGUCUCAGCAAUCAAGCAACACCAACGCGUCUACGCGAAAUUCAACUCAUUCCUCAAAAAUGAGCAUCUUCAGGAAGCCGCUGAACAACAAAUUUCUGAAAUCUGCUAAAUCCAAAGCUUCCUCGAAAUGA